GACAGAGAAUUUUUAGGAGGAAAAAGGAAACCGAAUUUGUCCGACUCUGAUUGGCUGAGCUUUCGACAUUCCCAUCUCUCUUUGCUGUGAUUGGUUUUAGGGCCGGAAGUAGGAUGUGUCCUUUUGCGCUCCCUCUUUGUGUUUUUUCCCCCAACACUUCCUUCGGAGUUUAAUGUCCUUAUUUACCUGCGUGACACAUCUGUGUGUGUGUGUGUGUGUGUGUGUGUGUGUAAGAGGGAAGAGUGAGGAUGGAGGUUCGGUUCCUCCCGGUUUACAUGGUCCUGCUGCUGCAGUCAGUAACGGAGGAAGCUCGAGCUAAAGCAGAUGAUCUGCUGGUUAUCACCGCUGCAACUGAAGAAACAGAUGGCUUUAAGAGAUUCAUGAGAACAGCUCAAGAAUUCAACUACACUGUGAAGGUACUUGGUCUUGGUGAAGAAUGGAGAGGAGGUGAUGUUGCUAAAACUGUUGGAGGAGGACAGAAGGUUCGCUGGCUGAAGAAGGAAAUGCAGAAAUACAAAGAUAAACUUGACCUGGUCAUCCUCUUUGUGGACAGUUAUGAUGUCAUCCUGUCAGCUGGUCCUGAUGAGCUGCUGAGGAAGUUUUCUCGCUUUAACCAUCGUGUUGUUUUCUCUGCUGAGGGAUUCUGCUGGCCUGAUCAGCGUCUAGCUUCCAAAUAUCCUGUAGUACAUACCGGCAAGCGCUACCUCAACUCUGGUGGUUUUAUUGGUUAUGCUCCAGAGAUCUACACGUUAGUUCAGCAGUGGAAAUACAGAGAUAAUGAUGAUGAUCAGCUCUACUACACACGUGUCUACCUGAACAAGGAGCAGAGGACAAAGUUUAACAUGACGUUGGAUCAUAAAUCACGGAUUUUCCAGAAUCUUAACGGUGCCAUUGAGGAAGUUGUUUUGAAGUUUGAGAAAUCUCGAGUUCGAGCUCGAAAUGUGGCCUAUGACACUCUACCUGUUGUUAUCCACGGCAACGGCCCAACUAAGCUCCAGUUGAAUUAUCUGGGUAACUACGUACCAAAUGCGUGGACGUAUGAGCGAGGAUGUGGUGUGUGUGAUGACGACUUGCUGUACCUCAGUGACGUACCGGAUAAAGAGAUGCCGCAGGUUCUCAUUGCUGUGUUUAUCGAACAACCGACACCAUUUAUUGAGGAAUUUCUGAAGCGACUGACAACAAUAAACUAUCCUCACACACGCCUAAGACUGUUCUUACACAACAAUGUGGUGUAUCAUGAGCAGCAUGUGCAGCAGUUCUGGGUUAAACAUCGUACUCUGUUUCCUAAUGCUCGUGUUGUUGGACCUGAAGAGAAUUUACACCAUGCUCAGGCUAGAACCAUGGCAGUGGAGCUGUGUAAGAGUGACCCAACAUGUGAUUACUACUUCAGCAUUGACAGUGAUGUGGCUCUGGUCAAUCCAGAUAUUUUGCGCAUCCUCAUCGAAGAGAACAAGCCUGUUAUUUCCCCGAUGUUGUCUCGUCAUGGUAAACUCUGGUCUAAUUUUUGGGGAGCUCUGAGUCCUGAAGGUUUUUAUUCCCGUUCUGAAGAUUACAUUGACAUUGUACAGGGAAAAAGAGUUGGAGUGUGGAAUGUUCCAUAUAUAACUCAGGUGUAUUUGAUACAUGGUGAAGUUCUUCGUACUCGUCUUUCCCACGUGUCUCUCUACCAGGAGGAAGGUUUGGACCCAGACAUGGUGUUCUGCAGAGCAGUUCGGGACCAGGGUGUGUUUAUGUUUGUGACUAACAGGGAUGAGUUUGGCCGAUUGAUCUCCACCAGCAACUACAAUAUUAGCAGACUGCAUCCUGACAUGUGGCAGAUAUUUGACAACCCCACGGAUUGGAGGGAGAAGUAUGUCCAUGAGAAUUACUCUCAGAUCUUUGAGGAUGACUUGAAAGUGGUGGAACAACCGUGUCCAGAUGUUUACUGGUUUCCUGCAUUUUCACACAAGAUGUGUAAUGACCUCAUUGAGACCAUGGAACACUUUGGCCAGUGGUCUGGGGGCAAACAUGAGGAUGAGAGGUUAUCAGGUGGAUAUGAGAGUGUUCCCACUGUCGAUAUUCACAUGAAUCAGAUUCAGUUUGAAAAAGAGUGGCUCAAAUUCCUGAAAGAUUACAUUGCUCCUGUCACUGAGAAACUUUACCCAGGAUAUUAUGCAAAGGCAAAAGCUGUGAUGAACUUUGUGGUGCGUUAUCGUCCUGAUGAACAACCUUCACUCCGUCCUCAUCACGACUCCUCAACAUUCACCAUAAACAUUGCUCUCAACAGUAAGGGGAAAGACUAUGAGGGAGGGGGCUGCAGGUUCCUGCGUUAUGACUGCAGAAUUGAGGCUCCCAGAAAAGGCUGGUCUUUAUUGCACCCAGGGCGUUUAACACACUACCACGAGGGUCUGCCUACAACCAAGGGCACUAGAUACAUCAUGGUCUCAUUUGUAGACCCCUAAAAAUGUGUGUGUGUGUGUGUGUGUGUUCACUGUGAUUAAACACUUAUCAAGACAGAAGUGUGCCUUCUGGUAUAUUGAGACUGUGUUUGCCUUGAAAACAUAAUUUUAUAAAACAUUUUUAUAAAACAUUUUUACCUCUCAUGAGCUUUUAGUUUUAUUUUAUACAAAGCCAAAUAUAGUGUUUAACUGUUGAAUAGUUUUGUAUAAAACAGUUUGCUAUCAGCUUUGUACAAAGUGCUUUAAGUUAUUUGAUUGUGUAUAUGAUAAAUAAAAGCUGAGUAAAAUAAA